UAAAGAACAGAAGGAAAAACCAGUUCACAACAACAAUGGACACAGAAGGACAAGCUGCUCCAGCCCUGAUGAGCUUUCUCUCCAAACUUGGACUGGAGAAAUAUUAUCCCAACAGACUUUCACUUCAGUCUAUCUUGGAGAUCAACACAAACAGCUUAAAUGAAAAACCUGUUUCAUCACUACAGGACAUACCAUGGUUCUUUCUCAGAAAACUUUUUAAAAUCAGUGCCAUCUGCAGGAGCUGUACACAAAUAACAAGCAAUCAGGAAGAAAACACUGAUAUCUGGGACCAGCUUCUUUACACUACAGAUGAUUCUGACAAUAAGAUUAACCCUCUUGACCUCAUAGUAGCUCUCUUCCUUUGUGCUGACAGUUUCUUGCAACAGGAAAUGUCUCUCAAAAUGUCCAUGUGCCAGUUUUCUGUCCCACUGCUGUUGCCUCAUGGCAAUAAGAGUCAGUGUAGCCUGAUGCUUUGGGCUCUGAGAGACAUCGUCAAAGAGUGGCGUCCACAUGAUCUGUCUGAAUCAAGAGGUUUUGUUGAAGACAACAUUGUCCAAGCAGAUCUACCGUUCUAUUCCUUUGUCAGGCUGAAAAACUGCAGUUUAUCAAAGUCUCACCUUCUGGACCGGAUUCUUAGUCGGGACCAACAGAAUCAUAAUAUCUUCAUACACAGAGAUAUGGAAGGAGGAGGAGUUAAAAGAGAAAUAUCCAAUGGACUGGUGGAGGUCUGCUGGUAUCUUCCAUAUGGGAAAGAAAAUCUAGACAUAUUUCCAAAUCCUGUUACUUUUGCAAAUAUGAGAGGAGACAUUUGUGAGUCACUUGAACAGUUCCAGUUUCUUCUUAAAGUAUCAAGUAUCACCUUUGUGUUCCUGGACAAAGUUGAAGAAAAUGAGUUGAAGGUUCUGACUUCUGUUAAAGAUGUGAAAUCUAAACUCUUCCUGGUAGUUAAUCAAAAAGAAAUGAAUGUUAAAGAAGACAUGAUGUCAGUCAAGAAAACACUGGAGACACUGGAUUUUCCAAAGGACAGUGUAAUAGUAAAAAAAACAGGUGAUAAUGCAGCAUUUUUUUCAAAGAAACUUUCUGAAGCCAUCAAGACAUGUCUCUCACAUGUCAAAGCUACAACCAGCAUUGUAAAUAUGUUUGACAAAGCUGUUGAAUUUGGUCUGUCUGUGGACGAAAACAAAACUGACCAACAAAACAAAGCAGCCAAAGAGAUCAUGGAUGUCAUUGGGGUCAGAUCGAUUCCACAAUACAAGAGUCAGCAACUUCCUCUACAAGGAGAUAAUUGGAAAAAGUUAUCAAAUUUAGAAAAGGAGGAGUGUAGACUAAAGACAUCUGGUAGCAUAGGUCUGGAAGAAUAUAAAUCUUCUCUUCAAGAAAAACAACAAAAAAUUAGGAAGGAGCAAAAGAAAUACAAACUAUCCAAAGGAAUGGAGACUUUUAUUAAUAACUUAUCAACGAAUGACAAAGUAAAAAGAGACUUUUUCCUCAAGUGGAUGAAACUAAAACUCGAUUCCCAUUCAAGGAAGAAUCUGUCUGAUCUGCGAAACAAAUUCAAAGAACAAUGUAAGAAGAAAGAUGUGAAACAAAUAGCAGAGUUGGAUCAAGCUUUGGUGGAGAGCUCUUUAGGUGUAGAACAUUACAUGAGAGAGAUGGGACUGAUCUAUGAGUUUUUGCCAGAACCUCAUCAUGAAAGAUAUCAUCUCCCUUCUCUGGCUGCUGAACUGCUGUUGGACGGAUUUCCUUUAGAGCUCUUGGAUGGAGAUGCUUCCAACAUCCCACAGAGAUGGGUGACAGAUGUGCUGAUGGAGCUUCACAAGAAGGUUGGAGAGAAGAGCAGACUGUUGGUACUGACUGUAUUAGGAGUUCAAAGUUCAGGGAAGUCAACACUCCUCAACACCAUGUUUGGUGUACAGUUUCCUGUCAGCAGUGGCAGAUGUACCAGAGGAGCUUAUAUGCUGUUCCUCAAAGUUGGAGAGGAUUUGAAAAGUGACUUAAAAUCUGACUUCAUAGUUCUCAUUGACACAGAGGGUCUAAAAUCUCCUGAUAUGGCACAACUAGAGGAGAGUUAUGAGCAUGACAACCAGCUGGCAACCUUUGUAAUCGGCCUCAGUGAUGUCACCAUCGUCAACAUUGCAAUGGAGAACACAACUGAAAUGAAAGAUGUCCUGCAAAUCACAGCCCAUGCAUUCCUGAGAAUGAAGUUAAUUGGUAAAAAACCCAUUUGUUAUUUUGUUCAUCAGAACGUUGCAGGAGUUUCAGCUCAUUCCAAGUGUCUGACAGAAAGAAAACAUCUGUUGGAUCAACUCAAUGAAAUGACACAAAUUGCAGCUGAAAUGGAAAAGCGGCCUUCUAUCAAAGCCUUCACUGAUGUACUGGACUAUGACAUAGAAAAAAACAACUGGAACAUCCCAGGACUCUGGCAUGGAACACCUCCAAUGGCUCCAGUGAACACAGGUUACAGUGAAGCUGUAGCUAAUUUUAAGAAACAUCUUCUGGAGACAAUGAAAGGAGACAGAAGAUCUGAACCCUCACAGAUCCCUGAGUUUCUAGAAUGGACGAGAAGUCUCUGGAAAGCAGUCAAAUACGAGAACUUCAUCUUCAGUUUCAGAAACAGUCUUGUGGCUCAUGCCUAUGACAACCUUUGUAAAGAGUUUAAUGACUGGGAGUGGGAGUUUAAGAAAGAGAUUCUCUCCUGGCAGACAGAAGCAGAGGUAGAAAUCCUCGAUACAGGAAAUGAAUCUGAACUCCAACAUUUAACUGAACUGGUUGAAUCAAGAAAACAGGAAGUUUCAGAAAAAAUAGAAGUCCAGCAACAAUUAAUGAAGCAGAAGCUUGAUGACUACUAUAAAAGACAAAACGUCCAUGCAAAUCUAAUAGAAAAAUACAAAACUGACUUUAUCAGCACCGUCAGUAGUCUUGCAAAUGAAAUCAGAUAUUCAACAAUCAAUAAGCUGGACUGUGUCUUGGAAUCAAGAAAAAGUUCAAAAGAAGUUCAUGAUAUUUGGAGGAAACACAGAGAAAUGAUUGAAGAACAAGUAAAAAAAUUCUUGAGUGACUCCAAGAAGAGGACAGAGUCCGAUGAACAACUGACAUGUGAGUUUGAGAAGAUGUGGAUGAAAGCCACAGAAAAGGUGUCAGGUCUACCUGAACAAAAUAUACCUGAAAAAAUGCUCGACCAGUUGAAAAAGCACUUUGGCAACCGUAAUGUCAGUGAGUAUUUUCAGAACAUUGGAGAUCUACAGCAGAUUGGAAUGAGUCCGUUUAAGGUCACAACUGAGCACAUCAAAACUGGAAUAAAGAACAUUGUGAAUGUGUUCAUCAAAAAAGACAUUACAAGAGAGUUGCAGACAACAGCUGAUACUAUCAUUGAGUCUUGUAAUCAAUUUGUGGUUGAAAUCACACAGACAAACACAGAUUAUGUUGAGUCUUAUACAAAGGAUCUUUUGGACAAAAUAGAUGAAAGCCUAGAACAAAUACCCAAGGACUGCAAACUUAAGUUUGAGGUUGAUCUGAAACUGCACAUUUGUGGUUUUGCUUCAAGAGAAUUUCUUAAAAUGCACCAAAAAUUCUUGUCAGGUGUAAAUCCUAAAAUUCAGCUGGAGAAAUACAAGGAUCAGUACUUUUCAGACUUUGUUGAUUUAUACAAUCAGAGAGAUCAAACUCAGAAAAAAGCAAAUUAUUUUGUCAAGUUUUGCCUCAAACCUGCUGUUGAAGACUACAUCAACAGAUCUCUGGGAAUAGACAUCGUGGAUGAAAUUUUGACAAGCUUCCAUUCAACAGAGUUCAGCUCCCGCUCUUAUUUCCAGUACAACAUUCAGAGAGAGUUGCUGCAGAAGGAAGACUUUCAGAGCUUUGUCAAGUACAUUUCUAGAUAUGAAAUAUUUGUCAAAGAAUGGAUAUUUCAGCACAUUAAGCAAAAGAUGUCUGAGAAGACUAUGGGCAAACUGAAGAACAAAAAUCUUGAGGUCAUAGUCCAAAAACUAGAAGCAGCAACAGAACAGGCCUCAAAAGGAGAGGAUGGUGUUCUUCUGCCAGAUGACACAGAAAGCAUCACCAAGUUCAUCAGGAACAUGAGAAAAUAUCUGAUUAAAGACAUCUCAAUCUCAGUGGAGGCUGAAGAAACAACACUGUUCCUAAUCCAAAGCACAUGUCAUCCAUUUAUCCAGAGUCUGAAGAUCUUAAUAGAAGAGAUGAAAGCUCAGCUUCAGGAGGAAUUCUCCAAAUCUGAAAACAUCACUGAGACUCUGAACAAACUUCCAAUCAAACCACAGGAUGAGCUUUUCAAGAGAGUGUUUGGUUGUGGAAAACAAUGUCCAUUUUGUAAAGUUCCCUGUGAGGCUGGAGGCAAAGAACACCAGCAACAUCAUGCAGCUGUACAUCGGCCACAAGGUCUUGGUAAAUACAGAAAUACAGACUCUAAGAAGCUGGCAGAAACACUGUGUGCAACUGAUGUGUACAGUGAUCGUAAAUUCAAAAACACAGACACUAAAUGGGAGUGGCAUCCUUACAAAGAGUAUCACACAUACUAUCCAGACUGGAACAUUCCUCCAGACCCCACCAUAGAGGCAUCUGACUACUGGAAGUACAUCCUGGUGAAGUACAAUGACAGAUUUGCUAAAGAAUAUAAGGCCAAACCGGCUGAUGUUCCAAAGACCUGGAAGAGAAUCACAGAGGAACAAGCUCUGAAAGUAACCAGUGACAUGAUGAAGAUGAUGGGAAUGCACAGCAGACACCAUGUAAACAAAGACUUAAAGGACUCAGAAAAAGUUGAGAUACUUUUAAAUUCUUUCUAUAUUUUUCACUUUGUUUCAUUCAUAAUAUGUUUAUAGAACUACACAUGCAGGACAAUGAAUGUUUGAAAUAUAUAAAAUGUUUUUACAGUUUUAAGUAUAUUUUAUUCUUUUGCGAAAUGGAAUAUUUAAAUGUCAAGAAGAUUUUUUUCAUUAUUAUUAUUUUCUUGUGAUAAGUAGCUAAAAAUAUCACUACACAUAUUAACUAGUGAAUAAUGUAGUAAUCAUGAUGAUGAGGACAGGCCAUUUGACACAGAUGCUUUCUACUACAUCUCUGUUCUUUCAUAUUUUACAGUUUUAUUUGUAACAUGUAAAGAAUUUUCAUAUUGUGAAGAAAUAACCUCAUGUUUUAAUGUCCCAAUAAGACAACAGCAGGUGACGCUGAAACUCUUUUUAGACAAGGCUUGCCAUAUUGUUUCUACUUUGACUUUUUUUUUCAAGAUUCAUGUUUUCAUAAAGCACAGUAAUGUGAGUAAUGACUAAUAAUGAUAAGAUCUGUUCCAACAUUGUGUCUAAUAAAUAGAAUAUAAUAGAAAUCAA